AUGUCCAUCGAACUACUAUCAAAUGCCUACCAGGAUGAUCAAGUCAAGAGAGACCAAAUUUUGGAGGCCGUAGAUUCUUCACCGAUCAUAUGGGAAAAUGGCGGGGUCAAUAUUGUCCGAAUUUCCGUGAAUGCUGUUGUCAAGUAUGGAUAUGACGUGAAGCUUUGGGAAGCUAGGAAUAUGAUAUUCGUGGCCCAGAAUACCACAAUCCGGCUUCCGCAGGUUUUCGAUGCGUGGGUGGAAUAUGGCGACGGAAAUCUCGAUGAUGAGACUAGUAUGUGCUUCAUCGUUAUGAGUUACAUAGACGGCUUGUUACUUGUCGAAGUCUGGCCUAAGUUAUGUGAUGCUCGCCGGGAUGAUAUCCAACAGCAAUUACACCAUUUCCUACGCGAACUCCGCCAAACCGAGAGCGAACAUCCAGGGCCAGUUGGCGGCGGUGUGUGCCAAGGUACCUUCGUCACUGAGAAUGGUGCUGGGCCUUUCACCUCAAAGGAGGAAAUGGAGGCGUGGUUUGAUGAGAGACUUGCCGUCUGCCGUGAGUUUAGGGUUGCAGACCGAUCACAGUCAGAUUUUCGUGGGAGUUUCCCGCGCCUAGUCGUGUGUCACAUGGAUCUACAUGAACGCAAUAUUAUCCUCGACUGUCAUGGGAAGGCCUGGUUGAUCGACUGGACCUAUACAGGAAUGGAUCCGGCAUACUUUGAAACAGCCGCCAUAUCAAGGCAUGGUAGAGAGCAGUACUUGGCAGGUCUACUGGACCUACUGGGAUAG